UAAUUUUUGAAGCUCUUCGGUCACCAAAGUAUUUACAAUUAGAAUUAUAUUUUUUCUGUUCUUUGACUAAAAUUCAUCACGUUACUGAGAAAUGAUGAAACUUCUUUGGACGGCUCAACACCAGAGAGUUUUAAGAAUCAUCGAACGUGUUAUAAAAUCAACGCUACAUGAUCAGGGCGGCCUGAUCGUGAAUUUCUCAUCCUUGAAUGAGCUCUGAUCACCACUCGUGUUGUCAAAAUUUGAUUCGACGUGGAGUUUCACGGACAGCAUUCCUAGAUGCUGAUACCGGUCGACAUAUGAAGAGAAAAUAAAUUUUUUUUUAAAUCUCCGCAUCUGAAUAUUCCUGGUUUUACUCCACUAUGUCGCAACAAAAGACGAUCAUAAGCGAGAUGGAGGUUGUUCAGGAAGCGUUAGAAGCCUCGCUACAUAAGGUUGAGCUGAUUGAGAGAAAACUAAGAACAAAAUUGCUGACUAUUGAAAAUCGGAACAGGCUAGAGAGGGAAUUAGAGGAAGUUAAGGAUGUACUCGAGGCCAAUCAGAAAGCGCUGAAGGACCUGAGGCAUGAAAAUACAAGGUCUUUCAUGAUCGCAGCAAGCUUUGUGUUCGCUUGCUUCUUGCUUUUCGGACUGUAUUCGAUGAUAUAUGGGGGCAUAUAAAAAAAUAUUGGAAAAAUUUUGGCCGAUUGACCAAGACUGGAUCGAAAAUGAAAUUUUGUUAUGAACAUAAUUUAAAACGAGAGAAGUAAAGUAAUGCUGCUAGAAGACAUUGUCGUAUCUAUUAGAAGAAACAGUAUUACAGAAAGGGAAAUUUGAUACUUUUUUACAACUUUAUUAUUACAUGUAUUUUAAGUUUUACAGGGCAAUCUACACGGUCAUUUAUUCGUUGCUGAACACGAGACCCCAGUGAGAGAAGGCUGCUUUUGCGGGUGCCAGGUGGAAUGGUGGUAUCAGUCGUAUUAGUAUUCAGCAACAAAUAAAUGGUCCUGUCUGUAAUGUCAUACCGAAUAAUGUAAAAUAAAUGAUUCCAAGCUUAUGUAGUAUAUUGUACAAAAGUCCGUAUUUAUUUUAGUGGCGGGAAAAAGGAAUAGUGAUCAAUUCUGGAUCCAUACAGAAAACAUAAGCUGAACUUCGCACAUAUAAUCACAGAGUUGACAAUAAAAUGAAUAUUUGUA